CCCUUGAUUGUCGUUUGGUGUGUUUUGUUUCGAAACCUUGUUGAGACUGAUUACAGCUACCGCAGUAUAUAUGUCCAGUCUAUAUAAAUGCCUUCGAUUACAUCAACUCAAGUAUCAUAAGCUAAGUUCAACAUAUCUAUCUAACUACCCAAUCUAAUGAGUAUUUCAAAUGGCAAUCUGUCUGAAAUUACUGUAGAAAGGGGAGAGCCAACUCUAGUUCCACCUGCAGCAGAGGAUACAAACAACAAGGGUUCUCUCUAUUUCCUGUCAAACCUUGACAUCAACUUUCAAGGCAAAGCACGUACCGUAUAUUGCUUCAACCCAAGUGAUCAUAACGGAGGCGGCCAUGGCGACGACGAGGUACUGGUGGGGGUGAUAAAGAAUGCCUUGUCGAAGGCUCUGGUUCACUACUACCCGGUGGCCGGUCGGCUGGCCAUGGAAUCAGACGGGAGGCCGGUUGUGGAUUGCACCGGUGAAGGUGCUGUUUUUGUUGAGGCAAAAGCUGAUUGUUGUGUGGAAGAGAUAGGGAAUGAUACGGUGGCCAUGGAGAAGCUGGUCUACGAUACUCCUGAUGCCAAAGGCUUACUUGAAGUCCCACCGCUGACAGCACAGGUGACAAAGUUUAAAAACGGAGGAUUCGUUCUCGGGAUAUGCGUGAACCAUUUCGUAUUUGAUGGAGUUACAGCCAUGGACUUUAUCAACCACUGGGGUGAAAUUGCUCGGGGCUUACCAUUGAAAGUUUCUCCAUUCCUGGACAGAAGCAUACUCAGAGCACGAAACCCGCCCCAGAUUGAGUUCCCUCAUACUGAAUUUUCUGAGAUUGAAGAUAUAUCAAACACUAGUGACCUUUACACCGAAGAAAUGGUUUAUGAAUCGUUCUCGUUUGACCUCGACAAACUUGAGAAACUGAAAAUGGCAGCGACAAAAGAUGGGGGUUUAAUCAAGUGCUCUACAUUUGAAGCCCUUUCCGCCUUUAUUUGGAGGAGCAGAACUCAAGCUUUGAAACUGCACCACUAUCAAAAGAUAAAACUCCUCUUGGUUGUUGAUGGACGGUCAAGAUUUGAUCCGCCAUUACCGGAGCAUUACUUUGGCAAUGGCGUUGUGUUUACGAGUGCCCAUUCUACUGCAGGCGAACUAACGGAGAAACCGCUUUCGUUUGCAGUCGAACUAGUCCGAGAGGCAAUUCAAAGGGUUACAGACCGUUAUAUGAAGUCUGCUAUAGACUAUUUAGAAGUAAACGGAGGUAAUGUAUCCAUGAAUGCAACACUUAUAAUCAGCUCUUGGACAAGGUUAUCUUUUGAAACCACGGAUUUCGGGUGGGGGCAGCCUUAUCUCGCCGGCCGCACAUCUUUGCCUGGGAAGGAACUAGUUCUAUUCCUCUCGCAUCCGACAGACAAGAAAAGCAUUAAUGUGCUUAUAAGUUUUCCAACUUCUUCCAUGAAGAUCUUCCAAAAACUCAUGCACAUUUAGAGACGAGUAGUUGUACAACUAAGGAUGGGGAAGGCAUGCUGCUUGGAAUAAUAAGGCUGGUGGAAGUGCAAAUCUUAUGUUCUUUGCUUCUUAAGUGGAAAACCUCCUUUCAUAUCUUAUUCUCGACCCUCGUCUGCAAGAUGCCAUUGUGAUCAUCUUGCAAACGAGGGUCGAGAAGAAGAUACGAAUCAUGCCUUCAAUGUAUGCAGUAAAGCAUCUCUAGCUAUCUGUGUGUGUCAUGUGGUUUAGUUAUAAUGUGACAUUGCUUCCAAGACUAUUUAUCUGUGAAACCCUUGUCCCAUGUACAAAUUCCUGGUGGAAUAUAAGGCAACAGUAAUUGAUCUAAUAAGGUUUAUAUAUACUAAUACUCUCCUUUUUC